GAGACAUUGCAGGGACUGACGUCGCGCAGGACGGCAGUCGGUGCCGGAAGUGACCCGGGAGAUAGAUGGUGGUCCGGCUGAGCUCCAGGUGGUGGACAUGUGGAAGUGAAGUAUUUAAAAUAAUGGAGACUGAAGCAGCUGAAAAUAACCCGUACUUUACUUUUGGAGUCAUAGCAGACAUUCAAUAUGCAAAUGUACAGAAUGGCCUAAAUUAUGCAAGGACAAGAGAACGUUACUAUAGAAACAGCCUCUGUUUGUUGCGCAGUGCUAUCAAAGAAUGGAAUGAAGAGCCUAUCACUCCCAAGUUUAUUCUGCAGCUCGGUGAUAUAAUUGAUGGAUGCAAUUCACAGAUAAAGGCUUCAGAAGAAGCACUUCAAACAGUAAUAAAUGAGUUUACAAACUGUGUGUCUCCAGUGCACCAUGUCUGGGGAAACCAUGAAUUUUACAACUUUGACAGGAAACAAUUACUUAAAUCGGCUCUCAAUAGUAAGCACCUGGAGGGUGACGUAGUAUCUGGUAACAUACCUAGUUCCAGUAUUAAAACUGAGAUUAACCCUGAUGAUUCUGAAGCAUUUUAUGGCUACCAUUUUAGUCCUUUUCCAAGGUUUCGAUUUAUAAUAACUGAUGCAUAUGAUCUCAGCAUUCUCGGAAGGAGAAAGAGCAGUAAGAAACACAAUAAUUCAGUUCAGAUACUGAAAUCAAACAACAAAAAUGAAAACCCCAAUAGUCCUGAAGGCCUCGUUGGACUGAAUCUACGCUUUUUGGGAUUUAAUGGAGGCUUCAGUCAAGAGCAGCUAGAAUGGCUAAAUGCUGUGUUAACUUUCUCUGAUCACAACCAGGAAAAGGUAACAGUCAUUGGCCAUCUUCCUGUCCACCCAGACUCUACAGAUCCGAUGUGUGUUGCCUGGAACUACACUGAGAUGCUUUCAAUGCUACAUGCACACACUAGUGUGAUAUGUUUUAUAGCAGGACAUGAUCACGAUGGUGGCUACUGCUUGGAUGAAUGUGGAAUUCACCAUCUUACAUUUGAAGGUGUGAUUGAAACAUCACCAGAGAGUCAAGCAUUUGGUACUGUUCGUGUAUACGAAGACAGAAUGAUCCUUGAGGGAAGGGGCAGGAUUCCUAGGAGAGUUUUGUGGUACAGAAAAAGAUAAAUGAAUGGACUUGUGUUGCAAUGCAGUCUGGCAGUCUUGUACUACAGUGUAGUAUCUGCAGCAUUUGGCUAGGAUGUCCAUACAGCGAUCAGUUUGCACAAAUUUGCCUUGGAUUGUUAGCUGUAAUUUUAAUAACCAAACCCAAAUGCCCUAGCAUUUGUGAUAGAAGACAUUCUCCAAAGGAAUAAUCCUGCAAAUGAAAAGAGGCCCUUAAAUUUCCACAGUGUUAACUGAAAGAAAACCUGAGCAUUUAGACCUCUUGUGAUUUCAGGAAUUUGAUCCAAUCUGAGGUCGCAUCACUGUUAGUUCCCGGUGUUAUCUUGGAUUCCUGAACUGAAUUAUUAUAUUGCAGCUUUCAUGAAAUGUUUUAUAGUCCAUGAAAUAUUCUCAGUGUAACUUAGGAAAUGGAGAAACCAGUUUCUGUCCAUUUAGCAGCAAUAGGAUGAAGGUCAGCUAAUCUGCUUUUUUAUGAUGUUGAAGAAGGGAUAGAUAUUGGCCAGAAUACCUCUGAUAAUGACUACACUCAUCAAAACUGGUAACAUGGGAUCUUUUACAUUGAUCUGAGGGCAGUUUUGGAUCAGAGUGUUAGUUGUUAUCUUUACUGUGUGGAUAUAGGUAGCAUGGUACUCCCUGAUUGCUGUUAUGUGUUUAACCCAGAACAUUUGGUGUGGGGUAAAGCUAGCCAUGAUGCUCGCAGCAACACAACUCCAAAUUAUAUUAAUAGUAUUGCAGAGUUUCAAUACACUUUUACAAGAAGCUAUAAAAUAUUUAUAUAAGAUUAUGUAAGAUAUAUAAUGAAGUACCAUGUAUUGCAUCAGCUUUUGUACUCUAAUGAUUUUACACAAUGUUUGACUCACCCUGGUGUUGGCUCCCAUCUGUACAGGUCGAUUGAACCUAUUUUGUGUUUUCUUUGCAAACAUGUGCCUUGGUUUGCUCAGAAUUCCCCCCACCCCCACAUGUCAUCCUCUUAUAAUACAAAGGAAUCAUGCUGGUGAUUAAUGCAAAUCCCUCAUUUUGUGAUUGUCCCUUCCAAGCCCAGCUUAUUUCUUGUAACCCAUGCACCCUAGCCCAAAUGGUGCUGUGCCAUCAGUUUUCACUGGUGAGUUGUAGUGGUGAAAAGCUGAGUUGUUCCUACUUUGUCAAGAAGAUAAAUGAUGUAAAUUACAUUCUUGAGAUAAUCUUAUUUGUGAAAGGAAUUUUUUUUUUUGUGCGGUACCUUCAAAUCAGAGGCACAAGAGAUUCUGGGUGCUGGAAUCUGGAACAAAAACCAAACUGCUGGAGAAACUUAGCAGGUCAGGCAGCAUCUAUGGACACUGCAACAGUCCUGAUGCAGGGCCUCAGCCUGAAACGUCAACUAUCCCUCUGCCUCCACAGAUGCCGCCUAACCCGCUGAGUUCCUCCAGCAGUUUCUUUGCACCUUCAAAUUACAGCCUGUUUUAUUUUUAUCAAGUUGUUUUGUUAAAGAUUCAACAGAGACUCAAAGCAUGCUGGAUAGAAUAGAAUUUUGAUCAGUAUUGGUCAGUCAGGAGUUAAAUGCACAUCUCUGAAAGUACGACUGUCAGUAGAUUAUUCAAAGUGAAUGUUGAAGAGAAUAGAACCAAAGAAGUGUGAGUAAAUAGCCAUUAAAUUUGUUCUGUUU